AUGAUGUGGGAAGCUCGAUCAGUGCCGGAACCAGUGAAUAAAAAACCUCUUCAAGUUCGAAUCGGAAUCCAUUCAGGACCUCUUAUAGCCGGUGUGGUGGCCGUACGGAUGCCCAGGUAUUGCCUGUUUGGUGACACCGUCAGCACAGCGUCAUUGAUGGAAACGAAUGGCCUGCCCGGAAAGAUCCACUAUCCACACACUGGUACGGGUCAGGAGGCUCGAGUUGCGACUGCCAGCGUUGCUGAAGAGAGGCAAGAGGUCGUUGCGUACGGUGCAUUCGCACAGUCUCCAGUUGCUUAG